AUGUUUAAGAACACGUUCCAGUCUGGAUUCCUCUCGAUCUUGUACAGCAUAGGAAGCAAGCCUCUGCAGAUUUGGGACAAAAGUGUGCGAAAUGGACACAUAAAACGAAUAACUGACCAAGACAUCCAAAGCUCUGUGCUCGAAAUCAUGGGAACCAACGUAAGCACCACCUUUAUAACUUGUCCAGCAGACCCCAACAGCACCUUGGGAAUCAAGCUGCCCUUUCUUGUGAUGAUUAUCAAGAAUUUGAAGAAAUACUUCACCUUCGAGGUGCAGGUCCUCGAUGACAAAAACAUCAGGAGACGGUUUCGGGCUUCCAAUUACCAAAGUACCACAAGGGUAAAACCUUUUAUUUGUACAAUGCCUAUGAGGCUGGACGAGGGUUGAAACCAAAUCCAGUUCAAUUUGUCGGAUUUUACAAGGCGAGCCUACGGAACCAAUUAUAUUGAAACACUCAGGGUGCAGAUUCAUGCAAACUGCAGGAUGAGGAGAAUUUAUUUCUCAGAUAGACUGUACUCCGAAGAAGAGUUGCCGCCUGAGUUUAAGCUCUUUUUGCCGCUUCAGAAACAGAGUUAA